AUUAUUAUUAUUAUUAUUAUUAUUAUCAUUAAAAGGGUAUGGUCGAUCCAGGUGAAGCUGUCUCAAAGACAAUAAUACGCGAAUUUCAAGAAGAAGCAGUACGCGAUGGUCUUGAUGAAAAUCAAAUAAAACGAUUAUUUUCAAAAGGUUAUAAAUUAUAUGCAUCAUAUGUUGAUGAUCCUCGAAAUACAGAUAAUGCUUGGAUGGAAACAGUAGCUAUGCAUUUUCAUGAUGAAACAGGUCGAUUAACAGAUCAUCUUAAUUUCCAAGCUGGUGAUGAUGCUGACCAAGUUGUUUGGUGUACUAUUGAUCGAACACUUGAAUUAUAUGCAAGUCAUAAAGAGUUUCUUAAAACAGCUGUCGAUCGUUUUGAUGCAUUUUGGUAA